AUGAAGAAAAAGUUCUUAUGCUGCUGCCCAUCCCUGAUCCCCAGCAGGGAAACUGCUUGCUUCUAUCUCCUCUGUGUACUUAUUGCUCUUUACAUGCUGGCUGGCGCUGCCAUAUUUUCUUCCUUGGAGAGACCAGCGGAGGUAAAGGCCCACCAGCUCUGGGAAAGGAGGCUAAGAGACUUUAGUCAUGAGCAUAACAUAAAUUGUAAAGACCUGAAAUCUCUGUUGUUCCACUAUGAGGAGGCUAGGACUGCAGGAAUCCGGGCAGAACGAGGCAGAGCUCUAUGGGACUUCCCAGGGGCUUUCUACUUUGUGGGAACUGUCGUCUCCACUAUUGGGUUUGGAGUGACGGCCCCAAUCACUGGGACAGGAAAGGUCUUGCUUGUUUUCUAUGGGUUGCUGGGCUGCUCGGCUACCAUACUCUUCUUCAAUCUUUUCCUCGAGAGAGUCAUAACAUUACUGAGCUUGAUGAUAUUCUGGUGCCACAGAAGGAGAACCGGAAACAGUGGACUGCUUGGCCGAGCCAUUGAAGAUAACGGAAAUGAAGAAUGGAAACCAUCUGUAUACCAAGUCACACUCAUCCUUUUUGUUGCUGUCCUGCUGGUUGCAUGUGGGGCUGCUUCUCUCUAUUCAGCCAUGGAGGGCUGGACUUACGCGGAGUCCCUCUACUUUUGCUUUGUGGCGUUCAGCACAGUGGGCUUUGGGGACUUUGUCAGUGGACAGAGAGAGAACCAUGAGGACACCUGGGCGUACCAGGUUGCAAACUGUCUCCUGAUGCUCUUGGGAGUGUGCUGCACCUAUUCCCUCUUUAACACCAUCUCUGUGAUCAUCAAACAGGGCUUGAACUGGAUGCUGAGAACACUGGCCUGGAUGUUUGGUGGGAUUCGCCAUUAUAGGCUGCAACUCAGACCACUUUUCAAACUCUGUUUUUCUGACUCUGAGCCACCUAUAUGUUAUUGUGAAGAUGACGCUCUGCAUAGUCAGCAGGUGCAAGCAGCUCCAAGUUCAGGCUAUUGCAUGAUGUGGCACUCAUGUGUUCCCGAUGCUAUUGGUAAAUGUCUUUGGAUGAGGGUCAAGUGGAAACAGUGUGCCACAGAGAGACAGACAGAGGAACCUCUGCAAAACAAGAACAGGAUAAUUGUUCAUAUGAGAGGAAUAUAAUCUAUGCUAGACCACUGCCUACUUGGCUAAAUUAAAAUAUUUCUGAAAGUAGUGUUAACAAGCACAGCAAUAGUAAUCUGUAGUUUUCUUUAGUGAACAAAAGUGUAAAAUGUUGUUGUAUGUAUAAAAUGUAUAGGAUGUAUCCUCAUUUCCAGCCCUUUUAGUGCCAAGAGGACAUUUACCAUGAUUACUGUCACAAUCUGGUUGUACUUGCUUGUGUCAUGUUUUGUGUUACUUCCUGUCCUUGUGUUUUUUCCCCUCUCUCUGUGAUUGUUGAUUUGAUCCUCCUGUGUCCAUUCAUCCUGCCCUUGUGCCUUACCUUUCUCCCCCAACUGUGUCUCGUUCCCUCGUUUAGUGUCUGUGUGUGUAUAUCCCUGUCUGUCCCAGUGUUCCUUGUCGGUUCGUCAUUCAUGUUACCUGGUGUAUUUUGGUCUACAGCUCCUUGUGCUUUCCUCGUGUUCCCUCGUGUCAUCCCGAUUUGUGUUUUCACUUUACGUUUUACCUUGUUUUGUGUUUUUAAAGCUUUUUUAAAUAAAGCUGUCUCUGUUAACCCU